UCAGUAAAAUAAAGGGGUCCUCGGAGUAGCUUUCUCCAACAAAGCACGGCAGGCUCCAAAAUGUCGGGAGAAGUAUAUCUCCUGUGGCUUCUGUCGCUUCUACAAACGCUGUCGGCGUACGGUGCCGAGCUGUCAUCGGAGGCAUGCAGGGACCUGGGCUUCUCCAGCAACCUGCUGUGCAGCUCCUGUGACCUGCUCGGGGAGUUCAGCCUCACCAAGCUCCAGCCCGACUGUCGGCAGUGCUGCCAGCAGGAGGCCCAGAUGGAAGCGCGCAAGCUCUACGCCGGGGCCAUCCUUGAGGUGUGUGGAUGAAAAUUGGGGAGGUUCCCUCAAGUCCAAGCUUUUGUCAGGAGUGACAAGCCGAAGAUGUUCAAGGGUCUUCAGAUCAAGUACGUGCGAGGCUCCGAUCCUGUACUAAAGCUUUUGGACGAUAACGGGAACAUCGCCGAGGAGCUCAGCAUCCUCAAGUGGAACACAGACAGCGUGGAGGAGUUCCUGAGUGAGAAAUUAGAACGGAUAUAGACACAGGAAUCCAACUUUUUUUUUUUUUUUUUUUUAAAGUCUUUAGUUAAAGGGUCGCUUUAGCCAAAUAAGAAAGAAACAUAUUAUCUCACUUACCUCUGGUGUUACCUAUUCAUGCAGAUAGUUUCUGUUUUAUGUGCCAAGGCUUUGAGAUAUCACUCUGGGAUUUCUGCCUCCUCUUUCAGGUGAAUGGGGUUUUUUGUUUGUUUGUGGAGUUCACAGCAUUUAAAAGUGACAUUUAAAAUAUUUAACAGCAACUUGCCUUUUUAGAAACGCUGUACUGAAGAAAUAGUCUGGAUGAAAACUUUGUAGCGGGAACACUGUUUCUAGAAAGACAUGUAGCUGUAAAUGUAGCCUCUAAAUGUAUUAAAGACCACAAACAAAAUUAAUCUUCACUGGAUUCAGGUUGCGGCACCCGAGCAAAUUAAACAGAAACUAGCUGCAUGGCUACAGGAGAUAAAAUGUUUGUUUUGUAAUUUGGGUGAACUGUCCCUUUAGGUAUUUACCAAUUUGUACACAACUCGGCCUUGAUAGAUGGUUGUUAAGUCAUUGUUUUUGUAUCGGAAAAUCAUGAUUUUCUUGUGCGGAUUUUACAAAAUAACUUCUGUGAGCGUGUGAGACGACAUAAUCACAACACACCUGAAAUAAUGAUCAACAUCACAGAUAAAUCAUGUCUCAAAGUGGUUCCAUUCGGUCUUAAAAAAAACAAUACUGUACAUCAUGAACUGUUUUGUUUUCCCUCUGUCUGUGUGUCCAAUAUUCCUGUAUAAUUAUUUUUUAUAAUGCUUAACAUUGUGACAGAUGGGAUUUGUGGUGAGAGUGAAUGAGUCCUAGUUGCUCCUCAGAUGCAGAUGUCUUUGCGGAGGCACACGUUAGUGAAGACCUCACAGUAAACCAGUUUUGGGAUGUGAGCUCUGAUGUACAUUUGUGUGUCUCUGCGUCCUCUGCUUCGAAGAGAAACUGGAUUUUGUUUUGGAUGUUUGUUUUGAGCAAGUGAGGUGGCGGUUUAAAUAUGCAACAAUAAACAAAUAAAAUUGUUUUUCUGUCAA